AUGGCGGCCAUACUCGCAUUCUCGCGCCGGGCAGCCCGCGCCGUGCGCCCGACGCGCGCACUCAGCGCUGUGCCGAGCGUCGACGAGAACGUCGACCACCUGAAGAGCGAGGGCGACAUCAACCUGUCCGACAGGCGGGCCCAGUUCACGGCGGCGCACAUCGGCGACGAGACGGCGCGGCUCCUCGAGGAGGACGCGACCUACUUCCUCCACCAGACGCUGAGCACGCCCUGCCUGAACGCGCUCAAAGGCGCCGCUGGCAUCCACGUCGAGGACCUCGAGGGCCGGAAAUACAUGGACUUCCACGGCAACUCCGUGCACCAGGUCGGCUUCGGCAAUCACAAGGUCACGCAGGCCAUCAAGGACCAGCUCGACGACCUGCCCUUCUGCACGCGGCGCUACACGAACAAGACGGCCGUCAAGCUCGCGAAGACGCUGACGGAGAAGGCGCCGGACCCCCUGAGCCGCGUGCUCUUCGCGCCGGGCGGCACGUCCGCGAUCGGCAUGGCGCUGAAGCUCGCGCGCUACGCGACGGGCCGCCACAAGACGCUGUCCAUGUGGGACUCGUUCCACGGCGCGUCCCUGGACUGCAUCUCCGUCGGCGGCGAGCAGGUCUUCCGCGGGAACGUGGGGCCGCUCAUGCCCGGCGCGCAGCACGUCCCCCCUCCCGACGACUACCGCUGCGAGGAGAGCGGCUUCCCGGACGCCAUGGCCUCGGCCAAGUACAUCGACUACAUCCUGGAAAAGGAGGGCGACAUCGCCUGCGUCGUCGCCGAGCCCGUGCGCUGGACGCCCUACGUGCCGCCGCCGGGCUACUGGCAAAGCGUGCGCGCGUCGUGCGACAAGCACGGCGCGCUCCUCAUCUUCGACGAGAUCCCCAACUCGCUGGGCCGCACGGGCACGUUCUUCACCUUCGAGAAGUUCGGCGUCGUGCCGGACAUGGUCGUCGUCGGCAAGGGCCUCGGCGGCGGCGUCAUGCCCAUCGCGGCGCUCAUCGCUUCCGAAAAGCUGAACGAGAGCUGCCGGCGCGUCGCGCUAGGGCACUACACGCACGAGAAGUCGCCCGUCGCCUGCGCGGCGGCCCAGGCGACCAUCGACUUCAUCGACGACGAGGACCUCAUGGCCAACGCCGAGGCGCUCGGCGCGUACUCCCUGGAGCGGAUGCGCGCGCUGAUGGGCAAGCACGAGCUGAUCGGCGACGUCCGCGGCAUCGGGCUCCUGCUGGGCAUCGAGCUCGUCACGGACCGGGCGACCAAGGGCCGCGCCUUCGACGCCGCGGAGAGCGUCAUGUACGCCGCGCUGGAGCGGGGCCUGUCCUUCAAGCUCACGAUGGGCAACAUCAUCACGCUGUGCCCGCCGCUCACGGCGACGCGCGCGGACAUGGACGCGGCCUUCGCGAUCCUGGACGAGUGCAUCGGCCUCGCGGCGGAGGAGCGGGCGUAA